GUUCUUGUCCUCAACCUAAGAACAUCUUGUCCACUGAGGUGAGUGGAUCAGCACGGAUAGACUUUGCCUGCUACAGUCCAAUUGUGGAUUAUGCUUAUACAAUCAGAGUUGACAAUAUUACUACCACUGGAUAUUUUGAAAACUACCAGGUCUCGAUUACUAGACUCGUGAAAAUUGGCAACAAGGAUGAGGGCAUUAAAAUCAAUGACAUCCGACAUUUCCUGAAGCGGAGAUCCUGUCAGCUUCAGCUGCAGAAAGGUGAAGAUUAUUUUGUCAUGGGCCAAGAUGGGAGAAGCAUCGAUGAAAGUGGCAGGAUUCAGUAUUUGUUUGAUGCUAAAUCGUGGAUUGAAGAAAUUCCAUCAGCUGAUACCUGUGAGCUUCGGAAAUACCGAAGUGCCUGCAAAAGCCUGAAUGAUUCCAUGGACGAUCUUGUAAAUCGUGGAUGCCAGAUAUAGCCAUGUAGCCAAACAAAAUUUCAAGGCUGACAUUUUAAAUCCAUACUGCUAAAUGUAAUACAAUAAUUGUUCUGUUUGAUAAAUUUUAAAAAAUUAUAUCACUUCUAAAACUUCAA